CCUUGGCGUGGAGGCGGGUUUUGCUCUGCUUGGGCUAGAUUCGAAAGUGCAUUGGUCCGGCGGCUGCAGCUGGAUCUCUGGGUAGGCACUGAGGCUGAGCCGGCCCGAAAGACCCCGGGGGAUGGGGCACCCCGAGCCGACCCUGCCCCCGGCGCCCGAGGCAGGCCACGCCAGUUACAUAAAGGGCUUAUAUAAAGGGCUCAGCCGGCGGGGCCACAUGGGCUGUAGCGAGAGGAGGUGCAAAAGAGCCAGUGGGGCCAACAGCUGCAGGUGCCCGCUCUUCACCACGGACAACAUACCUGCAGCCACGGCCCCGCCGCGGCCGCUCUGGGCGGCGAGGGCAGCCCAGUCCCCCGGGCAUCCCCAGGACGGAGGGGACCAUCAACCCUCAAGGGGGAAGAAGAGGAAAAAGGCAGCCCAGGGGCGACAGGCCUUGAACCAGGUCCCAGCCCGAAGUCCCGCUCCGCCGCGUUCCGGGGCUGGACGGAGGGAUGAAGAAAGGGGGACCCCGGCAGCGCCGUUGCUGCUCCCCCCGCAGCCCGCAGCCAUGGAAACGGGCGAGGAGGACGGUGUUCGCCGAGGGACACAAAGCGGUGAGCGGAAAAGGCGAAGCCCAGGGCUCCGGGCGCCCAGCGCAAAGCUGAGGCCGGCGGCAGCGGCCCAGGCCCAGGCCCAGGCUCAGGCCCAGGCCCAGGCCAUGGAGGCGGCCGCGGAAGAAGAGGCGGCCGCAGGCAAGGCCUACCUGGCGGCGGCGCUGAGGCGGCGGGAGGCGUCGGCGCGGCCGCGGUACAGCCUGCUGGCAGAGAUCGGGCGCGGCAGCUACGGCGUGGUGUACGAGGCGGUGGCCGGGCGCAGCGGGGCCCGGGUUGCCGUGAAGAAGAUCCGCUGCGACGCGCCCGAGAACGUGGAGCUGGCGCUGGCCGAGUUCUGGGCCCUCACCAGCCUCAAGCGGCGCCACCAGAACGUGGUGCAGUUCGAGGAGUGCGUCCUACAGCGCAACGGGUUGGCCCAGCGCAUGAGCCACGGCAACAAGAGCUCGCAGCUGUACCUGCGGCUGGUGGAGACUUCGCUCAAAGGUGAAAGGAUUCUGGGUUAUGCAGAGGAACCCUGCUAUCUCUGGUUUGUCAUGGAGUUCUGUGAAGGAGGAGAUCUGAAUCAGUAUGUGCUGUCCCGGCGGCCAGACCCAGCCACCAACCGAAGCUUCAUGCUGCAGCUUACCAGUGCCAUUGCCUUCCUACAUAAAAACCACAUCGUACACAGGGACCUCAAACCUGACAACAUUCUAAUCACUGAGAGAUCUGGGGUCCCCGUCCUUAAGGUUGCUGACUUUGGACUCAGCAAAGUCUGUGCUGGGCUAGCACCUCGAGGGAAAGAGGGCGGUCAGGACAACAAAAAUGUGAAUGUGAAUAAAUACUGGUUGUCCUCAGCCUGUGGCUCUGACUUCUACAUGGCCCCUGAGGUCUGGGAGGGGCACUACACAGCCAAGGCGGACAUCUUUGCCCUAGGCAUUAUUAUUUGGGCUAUGAUAGAGCGGAUCACGUUCAUUGACUCCGAGACCAAGAAGGAACUGCUGGGGACUUACAUCAAACAGGGGACAGAAAUUGUACCCGUAGGGGAAGCGCUGCUAGAGAACCCAAAGAUGGAGUUGCACAUCCCCCAGAAACGCAGGACUUCCAUGUCUGAGGGGAUCAAGCAGCUCUUGAAAGAUAUGUUAGCUGCUAACCCACAAGACCGACCUGAUGCCUUUGAGCUUGAAACAAGAAUGGACCAAGUCACAUGUGCUGCUUAAAAUUCAGGGCAAAGCAUCCCAGGCGUUUUUGUAACUGGGUUGACUUCGCAGGGACCCACAAUCUCUUCAGUGUGUGCAUAGAGGGAAGCAGAGGAUCAAGAAGUGGCUGGGUAGAUGCUGGGCGCUCUUGGGACAGCUGGAGCUCCGGCUAUGUGAAGCUUUUGUUUGGGGGGUGGUUGGGGUUUUUUCUGUGUGUUUGAUUUCCCCACCCCCACCCCCCACCCUCCCCUUCAAUUUUUUCUUUACCUUUUUUUGGGAAGCCAGUUGAGACUUCAGAAGAGCAAAAGCUAUUCAUUCAAUGGACAGGCACCAGUCUGUUUAAAGCCAAUUCAAUAUGGACACAGCAUAUGUGUAUUUUUUCCCCCCAAAUGGGGUGGGGGGAGGAUUUUUAGUCUAACCUUUUUUCUCCUUUCCCCCUCUGAGUCUCAGUCCUGCUUUUUUUCAAACACAGCAAUUCAUUGAGAAAAAGACCCCUUUUUCCAGCCUUUCACCAUCAAACCCAUUCAAGGCCAGAAGGACAUUUCCUAAGGGCUCAUGUAGAGCAGGGGACCCUUCUUAAAUCCUUUCCAUAGGUCAGCCAGUAAUUGUUCUGGCCCCAGGGUGAUCCUGUUGGAUAACUAGGAAAGGAAAAGAGGUACCCUAAAUGUCUUCAGAUCCAAAUGGUAUCUAAGCAUCCAGUUACUAAUUUAUUAACUCAUGGCAGAGGGUAAGAAAGACAAGAGGCAGAGAAUGUUCUGGGCCAGACCGGGAAAAAUAUGGGAGGGCUCAGAGCAAAAUUUUGGGGAGGGUGUUACCCCCUAGUCUCAUAGUAUUGUUUGGUUUCCAGGAAUCCAAACCUCAGGCCACAGCCAGGAAUUGAAUCCCCUAUUGUUGGGGGUUUUUUAUACACACUGUCUCUGUCUAUCUUUGUCUCUUUCAUUCUUACUCUUAUUCUCACUACAUUGUGAGCUUCUUGUCUCCAGAUUGAGUGGAACUAAAAGAGGGGUUUUAAAAGAGGGGAUCUUCUGUGCCCAUAUUUAUCCAUGUUUCUUCUGCCAGGGGAAUCCAGGAGAGAAACAGUUGUGCCAAAUCUUUGCUAGAAAGGCAACCAUGUUGUGGUGUUCUUGGGCUAGUCUAUCUGGUACCCCUUUUAGAAACAGCAGAAGAGCUGGGGUCCUUUCUAGAACUGGUCCAGUUGUAAAGAGUCUUGCCAGCAGCAUUAUCAUAGCACAAUGGGGACAGAUAAGUUGAGGCUAACCCAGCUGGCCAAACUCCCUUGGCUGGAUGAAUACAACCCCUAGAGCUUGGCUGGUAGUCGUCCUCCUAUGCCUUGUUCCCUGUAGAUGGUGGUGUAAAGUGAAGUUUCCACUAGGGACCCCAUCCCAAAAGUUGGGGGUAUUUUCCAUAGGAUUCUACUUGCUCUCUACAGAAGGAAAGGCUCUACGUAACUAGAGAAGCCCAUUUGGUAGCCCUUUUCAGGCCUAAAGACCUUUAACCAGUUCAUUACCUUCAAAAUUGCCAAAUUCUUGACUUCUUUUGAACACACUCUUUUUCUCCCCACUCUAAUGUACUUGCUCUCCUGCUAGGGUAAAUUCCCCCAUAAAAUCCCUCCUCAGUAUGAUCAAAGGCUGAGGUCAGGUUUUUUGAACAUCCAUCCUCAUCAUUCUUCUCCACCUCAUUGACAAAGGCAUUAUUUACCCAUUUAUUGCCAGAAUGGGAAGGGCAUUAAGAGUGUUAAAAGAAAAAGACUUUUUCCCCCUUACUUCUACCUAAGCCAGGGAAGAUUGGCCAGGGAUGAAGAGAGAGAAUUGACAGGAACAAGAAAAAGAAAUUUUUACUAUUUCUACAUCUCCAUUGGUAUGGCAGGUUCCCUCUGGCCAACACACCUAACUUGGGACUUUAUUUUUUAUAUCUGUACAAUUUAAAAAUAUCUCUUAUCCCAGUUUCUCCUGCUAGGAUUCCUCUAGUUUUCGAAUACUGAGACAUACUCUCUACCUGCUAUGGACAGUUAGCUUGACUCAGCAGCCCCCUGUUCCAAAGAAGUCAAUUGGGCCUCUCUCCUGUUUGGGCUUCCAUAAGGUAUCUCAUUUGUUCUAAGUGUAACUCAGUUUCUCUUUCCAACUUCUUAAGUAGAUAACUGCUGAGAUCAGUAUGGACACUGCUCUUGAAAAUCUGAUCUGGGAGAAAUCCUAAGUACGGUGAAGGCUGCUUCUCUUCCCUUAACCCUCUUUUCCCAUGGGGCCAACUUGUCUUGUCAUUCAUUACUGAAUGGUGGAAAAUAGUCCCAAAUUUCAGUGCCACAAAUUCCCCCUUGUUUGCCCUCACUGCACAGGAAUCCCUAAUGAGGGUUCAAGUGUUAAUUUGUUUUAUUUAAAGGUAGGAUGGAGUUUGGGAUUUUUAUUUUUUCUUCCGCUCAUCAUCUCUUCUCUAGUUCUGUUUGAAGAUUGUUUUAGAUCACCUGCCUCUCCUGAUCUAGACCUCUUCUCAGUUCCCCAGAAACCCCCAUUCUUCCAGGAGGUCCCAGAGCACCAUCUCAGACAUUCUAGUUUACACGUGGCAAAUAGUGUUAGGUAGGCAGCACUUGCUACCAGGAGUUGAGGUUCUUCACUCCUUGGCCUCCUAGCAUUUGGAGUUAGCCUUGGCCCAUUGAUGUGAUCCUAACCUCAGCCAGGACUGGCCUGAUCCUGUUAGUUCCAAGUGUCUGCCUUCCACUUGUCUCCCACUUGAUCCCAGGACUCUUAUCUAGAAACCACAACAAGAAGGUGCCAGGCUGAGUGUUUCCUGUAUUCUCCUCUGCCUAUAAUCAGAAAGGCAAGGUGUCUAAGGGCCUGGUCUAGGUUCAGUAGGCAGUUUGUAGCAUGGCACAAUUAGGUAGCUCUGGAAGCAAGUAAUGAUAUUUAUUCCCCCUUACCAUGCCCCUUCCAUAUUACUCUUGUUAUUCUCUAUUCCUUUCAUUCCCUUGCCAGUGUCCUGUACCUGAUAGUGGCAUUGCUCAAUUCUGAUGAUUCAGCACUGCCAGUCUCAUCCUAGACCAAGAAGUAAAGCCUUUCCAGGAUUUCAGGAGCAAUAGAUAUUCUUGCUUGGCUUUUUGCUUCCAAUGCAGCCUCCCAAUACUCUUUCCACCCCAUCACCCCCAAUAUCUGUUUUGGAAAACUGGUAGCAUUACUUUCCCAGAAAUCUGUAAAAUGAAAUUCACCCUCUGAAGAAUAAAGAAUCAGAAAGGGCAGUCCAUCUAAGAAGGCCUAAGCCUGCUUGUUUUCCCUGUGGAAAAAGCAGGUAGACCUUCAAAGCAAAAUCUGUUUUUCCUAAGGCCAGAGGAUCCCUGAGACAGACCAUAGUGCCUUAUACUGGAAACUUCCAGCCCCACAAAGUAUGUCACACUUUUGUCUUCUCUCCUUCCCCUCCCUUGUCUAUUUAUCAGCUCCCUUUUUUCCUCCACUCAGCUUUCUUUCUCACCUCCUCCCUCUUGGUGUCUGUGGACACUUUUUAUUCCUGUGGGCCCCUCCCAGGAUCAGACUUUUCUGGUGUUCUUGGUUCUUUGAACUGUUAAGGAAAGGCUUCUAUCCUGGGCAUAAGUAACUGUAUGAAAUUCUCAUGUUAGUGGGAAGACCAGGCUUUUGCCCUGUGACCCACUUCAUCUUUUCCCACACCUUCCUGAGGUUGUUGUCUACCCUCUUAGAGGAACAGGGACAGGGGGCUCCAUUUGGAUUCCUUUGCAGUAAGACUUGUUUGUAGACAGGCCAUACUGUUCUCUUAUCCCUGCCUCCUCCCCAUCAUUCUCUUUGCUGAUAGUGCUGCUGGCUAAGAUUCCUUACCGGGGCACAUCCUCACUGCUGAUGUGAGCUGGGAAAAUGUCAACAGGCAGGAAUGUAGGAUGAGCCCAGUGGAGCAGGCUGGAGUUUAGGAGUCAUCAGACCAGGCUUAUGUAGCACCCACUGACAGAAAUCAUGAGCCUGGUCAGAUCAACUCAGUCACCCACUUUGGGGCAUUGGAGACAAAGCUCUGGCUCUCAAUGACCUGGGAGCCAUCCCUACUUCAUUGGCCCCUUCCUCCCAGCCCCAUAGUUGAGCAUGUGUCUUCCUCUCCACCAUACCCUGCCUCAUGUCCAGAGCUGAUUUUGCAAAGUCUCUCCUCAAAGGAAUAUGAUUCCCAAGGGGGUUAGGAGUGUAUGGAAUUGUUUACUUUUGAAAUGUCCUGUUUACAGUAGGGAGGGGCCAAACUCUAGGGUCAUCGGGUUGGGACUUCCAAAGCACAAGGAGUUCAAGUGCUUAUUGAACACCUAGUAUCCUUUGUGAUGCGGCCAACAGCUCUAGCUGCAACGCCACCAGGAGGGCUUGUCAGAUUCCUGCCCCUCUCCUUAUCUCCUGUUUUCAAAAUGCAGAGGUGCUAGGACUAACAGGCCAAUAGUCCCCUUCCCAGGUCUUCCUGCCUGUUUUGUGUCUCCCUCCUUUCAGGAUUUUCAGUUCCUUAACAUAUCAGAUGUCUCCUUGAACCAGAGUGCUUGGAGCAAUAAGUUUGUUUUUGUUUUGUUUUGUUUGUUUUUAAGUAAAAGGAGGAAGUGAUGUCCCUAUGGAUUCUGUUCCUCAAUUCUGUUUUGUUUUACUUUUGAAGUCUCAAGAAGGCAGGAUCUAGUCUGGGUUUAAGCCUGCCUAGUACCAGAAAUGGGCACAAACACCAUACCUCGCCCCUCCUUCAGGCAAGCAAAUCCCCAGGCUAAGAGAGCAGGGAAUACUGCUGAUCUGGUUUUUGGGCCUCUUUACUGCACACUGCCAACUCAGCUCACCAGCCUGGCCUGGGGAAUGUGCCUUGCCUGCCAUUAGCCAAAUUUACACCCCACCCCCCCCCAGAUUCAUGCAUGCUGGGGUCCCAUUUGCCAUUGUUUGCCCAGCUUCUCUUUUCCAGGCUUCUGGACCAGGACCAGAUUCCUGAUUAUUUGACCUUCCUUUCCCAUGCUUCCUUAUGUUAAUGAAGUUUAACCAUCUUGCAAAUGGGAAUCCUUAAAGCUCCAGGCUUUGGGCAUCUGAUUGAUCUGGAUGGACAGUGUUGGUAAGGUAGACAGACCACUGGCACUUGGAAACCAUAGCACUGAAUUAAUGAUAAUGCCUCUGAUCUUGCCAUGCCCAGGGAUUUGGUUAAAGGGUUGACUCUUGAUGUUGAUGCUUGAUUUUGCCUAUUAACAGCCCCAUAGCCUGGCCAUAAGCGUGAAGGAAGAGCAACCCUUCUUCAUACUCAGAAGAAUAAAUUAGCUAAGUCUUCAUGUGCACAGACAUCAAAAGCAAUAAACUUCUCGCUGGCAAGCCCCUUUGCAUUAACCCAGUAGAUCUUGGUACCAUUGUGAUAUCAAGGCUUUUAGCUAAUUCCCUUAGAGCUGAGACUCCAGCCUGGGUUUUGUCACCUGAAUUACCCUGCCUUGUCCCCACCCCCAUAAUUCCACUCAAACACUUAGAGCCCCAGCCAGGAGAGGAGGAACCCCUGGGGUAGCCUCAACCAUCCUCUGCAAAGUUGCCCUACUGGCAGCUCUGGGCCUGGAGCUUCCACAGCACUUUGAACCCCCAGCACCCUUUCCCAGGCCACAAGUGGGAGCAAGUAAGCCUCAUGUAGAAAAUGGAAAAAGCAGGUGGCCAUGUAGUCAGGGGAGAGCAAGAGGGAAAAGUCAUCUUCACCGCCCAACUCCUUUCCUAAAGGGCUACUGGUUAGAUAGGACCAGAUGGCUUCUUUGACUUGGUGGGCAGGGCAGAGGCAGGAGGGAGUGAGGGAGAGGCUUAAACCCAGGCUCAAAGUUAGUUUAAAAUAUUAGUUAAUCUAUUUUUCUGGGGUUUUUGUUUGGGUGUUUUUUUUUUUUUUGCACAGAAGCUGGUAAUCUAGGACCUACGUGUGAACAACUUUAUAUAAAUAUUUUUUUGUACUCAGUUUACUUGGGUUGGAUUGAAACCUUGUAUUUAAGUUCCUCGAACACUGUGGAUCCCCUGAUGUGUAUGAAUGGCAGACACUUUGUAAAUUAAAGAGACGUUUGUGUGAAUAAAGCUAUUUGAUGGGGUUGAAGAA